UAACGUUCCAGUUGUAAUGCUUGGAGAUUCAGCUUUUCGGUUUUCGGACAUAUUAAUGAAACCUUAUCCAUAUAGAGAGAAUGCUAGCUUCAGUGAAAAAAACUUUAAUUAUGCCCUGUCUAAGUGCAGAAGGGUAGUCGAGAAUGCAUUUGGUCAUCUCAAAGCUAGAUUUAGAAGAAUUGGAAAAGGUCUUGAUAACCGAAUUGACAAUGUAAAUUUAAUAAUUAAAUGUGCUUGUGUUUUACAUAAUUUUUUAAACGAGAAAAACGAUUGCAUAAACAAUCGCUGGAUGCAACAAUUACGGGAGCAGGAGGAAACCGUAGUCCGACCGCAGCCGGAGUUUAAUUGUACCCUGACUGAUAAUAACCUCACAGCGGAAAAUAUAAGAUCUGCUAUAGCAAUGUUCUUAGUUAGACAGCCACUACCCGCUUGAUUUUCGACGCAACUCUUAUAUGUUGCAACUAAGUACAUAUUGAUCCAGGUAAUAAACUAUCUACCUGCCAAAUUUCAAGCAAAUCCAU